AUGUCGGCAGUACCGACAGUUGUUGUCGAGUGCGACAAUGGGAACGGUUUUGAUGGUCGUCUGGGCCUUCGAGUAUCCUCGGUCUUUGUGAUUGGAAUCGGGUCCAUGCUUGGAGCUCUACUACCAAUCGCCGCUGCUCGAACGAAGCGCAUGCAUGUACCACCGGUAGCCUUCUUCAUUACAAAGUACUUUGGUUCUGGUGUCAUUAUAGCAACUGCUUUCAUCCAUCUUCUCUCACCCGCUACCCAAGCGUUACAAUCACCAUGUCUCACAGGACCUAUCACAGACUAUAGCUGGGCCGAAGGAAUUGCUCUCAUGACAGUAUUCACCAUGUUCUUCAUUGAACUUAUGGCCGCCCGAUUCGACAUCUUUGGUCACCAGGAUAGUGGUGUUGAAGCUUCUGACCCAUCUCUGAAUCUCCUCAGAGACUCCGAAAAGUUGGCCGAAAAUAGUGAGAACUCUGUAGACAAGACAGCGAAUAUGGAGCUCUCGACACGAAGCCAUGAUCAUGAAGAAAGCACUGCGUCAUCUUCUCGACCUACUACCUCAACUCACAAUCCUGCUGGCUCUGGAGCACCCGCUUCAAGAGUGAACUCGAGAAUCCCAGGACGCGAGGAUGAUUUCACGUACCCUCCAGGAGGCGAGAACCACCUUGGUCAUCAAGCAGAGCACGAUAUCGACGAUGAUCAUUUCGCUGCUCAGAUGACGGCGAUCUUCAUCCUUGAAUUCGGAGUCAUCUUCCACUCAGUAUUCAUUGGCCUCACACUGGCAGUAGCAGGUUCCGAAUUCACAGUCCUGUACAUCGUCCUCACUUUCCACCAAACAUUCGAGGGUCUGGGUCUAGGCUCACGACUUGCUACUGCUCAGUGGCCAUCAAAGAAGAAGUGGAUGCCAUGGGCGUUGGGUACCGCAUAUGGACUUGCCACACCACUCGCUAUCGCCAUUGGACUCGCUGCCCGAACAAGUUUCACGCCUGGAAGCAACAAGACCUUGAUCAUCCAAGGAGUCUUCGAUUCGAUCAGCGCUGGUAUCCUAAUAUACACCGGGCUAGUCGAGCUCAUGGCCCACGAGUUCAUGUUCAAUCCAGAGAUGCGCAAGAGUUCGAUCAAGAUGAUGCUCUUUGCUUACCUCUGCAUGUGUGUGGGUGCUGGGCUUAUGGCUCUACUGGGGAAAUGGGCGUGA